AUGUCGUCUUCGAAUCCUAACCCUAAAAUAGUCCCAAUUCUUGAUAGUUUCCCCAAUGCUCCUGCUAGAUAUAGAAGAGGUAGAGGAAGUGUGCUUCGUGGUACAGGGUCGGUUCGUGGUGGUACCUCUGGAUUUGCUAUUCGAGGGAUGUCGGCUGAAGUAGCUAUCACCCUUCGAGCUUCUUCCAGUACUCCUCUUGCUUUGGAAAGAACACAAGCCACGCUAUCAAAGAGAAAAGUAGUUGAAGAGGAUUCUGACGUUGAUGAAGAUGAAGAUACCUCUUUGACAGCUCGUCCUAGAACCAGGAGGCGCAUUGUUUUUGAGGAUGAAACUGAAAUCUCUCCCGCUCGUAUCUCCGAACCCGUUACUAUUACCUCCGAUGAAGAAACCAUUCCAAGGGACUCCCCUGAAUCCACUCACCGCCUCUUUAUUGAGGGCGUCGAAGUGACUAACCUCAUUGGUACGGAAUUGAUGGGAAGAAUUUUCCUCUUAGAAAAGAAGGCUCGCGAGUCUGAUCAGACUUUUCUUGAGGCUGAGAGGAUAGCUAGAGAAGCCCAGCUUGAGGCAACCAAUUGGAAAGAGCAGUUUAAAAAUGCUCAGAAAAAGAUAAAAGAUUUGCAAGAGAAUAAACGUGACCUGGAACAGCAAAAGCAAAUUCUGACUUCUGAAUUAGCGGGGGCCAAGGCUUCUUCUAGUAAAGCUGAGAAGGAUAAAGAACGCCUUGAAUGUUCUUUUUUAGAACAAUUAUCAAAGUCAAGCGAAGAGAUUAGAGAACUUAAGGUAUUGUUGAGCAAGAAAGAGGAGUACGCGGGAGAGCUAGUUAAAAACUUGUCCCAGGCUCAGGCUGACUUGCAAAUUUCCUCUGAUAAGGCUCGUGCCUUAGAGGAUUCUCGUGCCUCCCUUGAAGCUACCCUUGAUUCCACUUUGGCUGAAAAUCAAAUGUUAAAAAAUGAUCUUGCCUCGUGGGAAAGGAAUUAUGAGCUUCUUGAGGAGAACUUUAACACAGAGGUGAGCUGGGCCUUUCUAAACUCCCGCCGUGAUGCCUUAACUGAGGCCAGUCAAGAAAACUUUGACUUAGAAUCGGAAUUGGCCAAGGUUUUGAGAACCAUUGAAAUGACUCAACAACCUCUUGACUUUCCUUCUCCAGCAAAUGAAACUCCCGUGGCUGAGGAACCUUUCAAUGAAGGAGCCGCUUCUGUUGAAGUUGAAAAUGUUACAAUUCCAGCUCCCGAGGGUGAAACUUCACUUAUACAGACUGUGGAAGCUGAAGCUCCCGUGACUCUUGCUCCCCUUGGUGACUUAAACACUUCAAGCCCAACUGCCGCUACUUCUUCAGAAAUUGCUACCGUGCCUACAGCUGCUCCUGAAAAUGAAGUUGACAUUGCAACUUCAGAAGUUCCAACCCCUUUAGUGACAAGUUGA